UAGAGUUGGACUCGGAUUUUCCGGAUCGCUUCCGAGUAGCGAUGGAGGCGCACGAGACCUCCGAACCGCCUCCGGGGAAGAUCCCGUCCUGGAAGAGCCCCGACGGCAGCUUCACCAAGACCAUCUUAGAGCCGGGCUCAGGAGUGGACAAGCCAAAGGAAUGUGCCAAAUGCACGAUAUGCAUUGAAGCCGUAUCGCUGCCUCCUGACCAGUCCUGUUACCCCAAAGGCUGCUGGUUCCAGGUUGAGCUUGGGGAGGGCGAUACGAGUUUGGAGCAUCUGGUGGACCGGUGUCUGGAGACCAUGCUUCCUGGAGAGGUUUGCCAAGUGGACGGCGCUUUGGGCUUUGGCUUGAUCUUGAAGAUGGCGGGUUUUGAGAACGGGAAAGAGACCUGGGAGCUGGGGACCGAGGAGAAGAUCCGGAGGGCGAUGAGGGACCGAGAGAAGGGAGGAAAGGCUUACAGGGAUGGGAACAUCGAGGGGGCAGAGAGGAGGUACUCCAGAGGGCUCAGGCUUCUGGUCUGUACCCCCGGGGAGGCAGAAACGGAGAGGGUAGCGCUCCUCGCCAACAUGGCUGCCUGUGACCUGAAGAUGGGACGGCUCCGGGAAGCUGAGGAGAGAUGCACGCUGGCUCUGGAGAAGGAGCCGGGACACCUCAAAGCGUUCUAUCGGAGGGGGGUGGCCAGGGCCGGGAUGGCGGACUGGAAGGGGGCAAAGGGAGACUUCGAGACGUUGCUGACUUUGGAUCCGGGGAACAAGGAGGCGCGGAGGGAACUGCUGAGGGUGCGGGAGAGGGACAGGCAGGAGCAGGCGCAGAUAAGGAAGGCUUUGGGGAAGAUGUUCCUCUAAGCGGCCGGCCUGUACACGCUGGGUGCCGAGGAUUACUGGAUCAUCCCGGGGCUGACGGCACUUUAUUUAUUGGUGUAAUAAUGUAUAUAGCGAUACGCAAUAAACCUCCACUUCUA